AUGGCUGUCAAUCCAUACCACGUCAACCCACUCGACUGCGACGUAGUAUCCGAAGCGUGUCCAGUCAAAGCUUCAAUAUACGGUUAUUACCCAAGCUUGGGAUCGAAUGCCUUCUUCACUGUUUACUUCGGCCUCUGCUUCUUUAUCAACUUCUGGCUCGGCUGGAGGUUUAGAACAUGGACCUACCAGAUCGCGAUGUGCCUAGCUUGCAUAUCUUCCGCCAUCGGAUAUAUUGGGAGAUGCCUCAUGUACAACAAUCCGUUCAAUUCUCUCGGGUUCCAGAUACAGAUCUGCUGCCUGACCUUCGCCCCGGCCUUCAACUCAGCCGCACUUUAUCUGGUUCUCAAACACUUGGUGAUCCAGCUAGGACGGGAAUGGUCAAGGAUUCGACCGAAGUAUUACACAUGGAGCUUUAUUAUAGCCGACUUUCUGGCGCUCACGUUGCAAGGCGCUGGUGGCGGAAUAGCUGGGUCCGCAGGCGACAAUCAGAGCUUCCGCAAAGUCGGCGACAACCUCAUGAUCACAGGUAUCUCUUGGCAGGUCUUGACACUUCUCGUCUUCGGCGCGGCUACUGCGGACUACACCAUACGCCGAUUCAGAUCUUCGCAGCCAUGGAGUCCCUCGGCGCAGAUUUUGCUCCAUGAUCGCAAGUUUCGCAUAUUCGUCGCGGCGCAAGUGAUCACAUAUAUCUGCAUCUUCAUCCGGUGUGUCUACCGCAUCGCGGAGAUGGCAAAGGGCUGGAGGAACCCAAUUAUGCAGAACCAAGGUCUCUUCAUUGGGUUGGACGGCGUCAUGGUGGGCAUUGCCACUCUCCUUCAGACAUUUGUCCACCCAGGACACUUCUUCCCGGCCCUGGCAACGUACCGUGAGUCCAAGAGGACACGCACGGCACCGCAGGAGCUGAGCAGCAGUGAGGAUUCGGUGGAGAAAUCGCUGGCUUAG